GUGAUACUGGGUAGAUAUAAGGGAGCAGGAGAGAGGACAAGAACACCUGCUCACUUGAACAAACCGACACAAAGAGCUGAACGCAAAGAUGCUGAGACUUGAGUGUGUGGUUGUUGCCCUGGUCUUGUGUUUAAAAGGUUCCCAUUCUCAGCUCAGUGAAUGUGGAACUGCACCUUUUAACACCCGUAUUGUGGGUGGACAGAAUACCACAGAUGGGGAGUGGCCUUGGCAAGUCAGUUUACAGAGCCCUGUGUAUAACGGCCAUUUCUGUGGAGGAUCACUAAUCAACAAAGACUGGGUUCUGACAGCAGCCCACUGUUUCUCCAGCGCUAGCAUGUCUAACCUGACUGUGUAUUUGGGGAAACAGACUUUAAAGGGCUCUAAUCCCAAUCAAGUUGCAAGAAGUGUUAAACAGAUGAUCAUUCAUCCCAGCUACAACAGUGCAACUCAGGACAAUGACAUUGCCCUUCUGCUUCUGAACUCCUCUGUCACCUUCACAAACUAUAUCAGACCAGUGUGCCUUGCAGGUCAAGGCAGCAGCUUUCCAGAUGGCACCACAUGCUGGAUUACAGGCUGGGGAAGCAUCGCAUCUGGAGUGCAACUGCCAUCUCCUGGUGUGCUGCAGGAGGCAGUGGUGCCCACUGUCAAUAACUAUAUUUGUGAUUUUCUACUGGGAUACGGAUCUAUUACCACAAGCAUGAUCUGUGCUGGUUAUAUCCAAGGAGGCACAGACACCUGUCAGGGGGAUUCUGGAGGUCCGCUGGUGACCAAGAAAGGUGCAGUCUGGAUUCAGACUGGUAUCACUAGCUGGGGUGAAGGCUGUGCUGAAUCCUUCUCACCUGGUGUCUAUACUCUGGUGUCUCAGUUCCAGACCUGGAUAUCCAGUGUCAUCAAUCAAAAUCUGCCUGGCUUUAUCAUCAAAUACAAAGGCCUAGGUAAACACAGACAGCAGGGCACAUUUGUAGCUCAGCUUCCAAGAUCCAACAAGUACUGUUCAGGCAGGGAGUUUGGAGUGAUUCACAUCUCACUGUGGCGGCCUGUCAAACCCUGCUCAAGGCUUUGUUCCAUGCUCUCAGCAGACUCCCAAGUUUUGUCUCAAGCCUUGUUCCAAUCCUUGAUCCCUGCCAAGGUUGAUGCCUUGCUGUCAGACUUCGAAGCCUUGUUCCACUCUAAGUUCAACGUGGUGGCCUUCCAAACCUUCUUCCAAGCUGAGACUGACAAGAACCGAGACAGAGAGCUGAACGCAAAGAUGCUGAGACUUGAGUGUGUGUUUGUUGCCCUGGUCUUGUGUUUAAAAGGUUCCCAUUCUCAGCUCAGUGAAUGUGGAACUGCACCCUUAAACACCCGUAUUGUGGGUGGACAGAAUACCACAGAUGGGGCAUGGCCUUGGCAAGUUAGUUUACAGAGCCCUGUGUAUAACGGCCAUUUCUGUGGAGGAUCACUAAUCAACAAAGACUGGGUUCUGACAGCAGCCCACUGUUUCUCCAGCGCUAGCAUGUCUAGCCUGACUGUGUAUUUGGGGAAACAGACUUUAAAAGGCUCUAAUCCCAAUCAAAUUGCAAGAAGUGUUAAACAGAUGAUCAUUCACCCCAACUACAACAGUGCAACUCAGGACAACGACAUUGCCCUUCUGCUUCUGAACUCCUCCGUCACCUUCACAAACUACAUCAGACCAGUGUGCCUUGCAGGUCAAGGCAGCAGAUUUCCACCUGGCACCAAGUGCUCGAUUACAGGCUGGGGAAGCAUUGCAUCUGGAGUGCAACUGCCAUCUCCUGGUGUGCUGCAGGAGGCAGUGGUGCCCACUGUCAAUAGCUUUAUUUGUGAUUAUCUACUGGGAUACGGAUCUAUUACCACAAACAUGAUCUGUGCUGGUUAUAUCCAAGGAGGCACAGACACCUGUCAGGGGGAUUCUGGAGGUCCGCUGGUGGCUAAGAAGGGUGCAGUCUGGAUUCAGACUGGUAUCACUAGCUGGGGUGAAGGCUGUGCUCGAGCCUUCUCACCUGGUGUCUAUACUCUGGUGUCUGAGUUCCAGACCUGGAUAUCCAGUGUCAUCAAUCAAAAUCUGCCUGGAUUUAUCAUAUACUAACACAAUGGAACAACCGGUGUAUGUACUGAUGGUUCAGGCAGAAAGAAAGCAUCUUAAUUUACCAAUGACAUUUAUCAUGUUAUAUUCAGUGUAUAAACAUUAAUUAUAGAUGUCUAUAUUUAUUUAUUUUUUUACAGAGAUAAAUCUAAAAAUUGUCAAGACAUGACAUUGUAAUAUAAAUUUGAUUUUAAUAAUAAUAAAUGUUGUGAUCGUGCUACAUGUACAGGGUAUUACAUACAUUUAAUGUAUGUUAUGAUGUUUAUAUUACUGUUCAUACAAUUAAAGAAUAUUUUCCAGAGUAAA